AUGAAACCAGGCCCGACGUUGCGCAACCCCAACCAUACUCCCGAGCCCUGUCCUAACAAGCUCCAUUUUCCAUCUCAUCCCAUCCGUCCCCUCCCCAGCCCGUUGCGCGAAGUCGUCAAAGUGCGGUUCCCACACCUCGCCGGUCAAUCGUCCGCCAUGGAUUUCUCAGACAUCUUUCGCAUGGUGAAUUUCGCCGUUGCGGUAUUCGUGGUCCUUGGUGGUAUCGCGAAGUUGUUCCCGUUCAACGACUUCUCUCACAUCAUUCUCGGUGUAUACCUGAUAAUAUUCGGUCUUGGAACCGCUCUACUCGAGUUCCAGAUUCCCCAGCAAGUGGCACGCUAUGCCUCUUUCAUGUUCUCUUUCCUCGGCCGCGGCAUCUUCUACAUCUUCAUCGGUUCGGUCAUCGUGGGUGAGCGCUGGUUCCGCAUUGUGCCAGGCACCAUUGUCGGCAUAAUUGGUGUGGGCUACGCUGCUCUGGAGUUCAUUCCUUCUAUUGAGCCCCCAGCGAACAUGCGCGACGCCGACGCUGGCUGGGGUGCCGAACAAGUCUAA